AUGCCGUCUGAGGUUGAAAUUGUGGUCGAAAAAGAUGAUGAUGAGAUCGAGGUUAUUGGAGAGUCUAACAAUGCUACAGAGAAGGAAGCGGAGGCUUUGGAGCAAAUGCCUGGGUAUGCAAAGUUUAUGAAGGAUUUGGUGACCAAAAAAAGGGUCGUCAGUUAUGAGAAUGAUGAGAGGUUGAAACAUUGCAGUGCUAUUGCUACUAGGUCACUUGUGCAGAAGAAAGAGGAUCCUGGUACUUUCACUAUUCCUUGUACCAUUGUGUUGUUGCAUUUUGCGAAGGCGUUGUGUUAUUUGGGUGCUAGCAUCAAUUUGAUGCCAUUGUUUAUCUACAAGCAGUUGGGUUUAGAGGCUCCAAAACCAACUACGAUGCAAUUACUCAUGGUCGAUAGAACUGUGAAGAAGCCCAUUGGUGUUCUCCAAGAUGUACUUGUGAAGGUGGAGUCGUUUAUUUUUCUAGUGGAUUUUGUGAUACUUUAUUGUAAGAUUGAUUUUGAGGUUCCAAUCAUCCUAGAGAGACCAUUCCAUGCUACUGGGCAUGCAUUGGUUGAUAUGCAGAGAGGGCAGUUGAAGUUCUGA